UUUACAGAUAUUUCCUCAAUCGAAAUCUAAUGAAAGCGAACAUGACGACGACUUCUACACGAUGCAGAUCGUCUCUGCUCAUCUCAAUCCUCUUCGCCGUCGUGGCACUACUCCUACUCCCAACUCCUUCCUCCGCCACAAAUCGCCACGUCAUCAACUUCCGAUCUCCAGGCCUCUACCCUGAGGGACUAACCUGGGAUCCAUCUGGCCAGCACUUCAUAGUCGGAUCCCUCCACAGCCGCACGAUCCACUCCGUCUCCGACGCCGGCGUCGUCCAGACCCUAAUCUCCGAUCCCUUCCUUCCGGAGAACGCCACGAUCCUCGGCCUCGCCGUCGACUCCUCCAACCGCCGUCUCCUCGCCGCGAUCCACUGCCUCCCGCCUCUCCUCCCCUGCAGCGCCCUCGCCGCCUACGAUCUCCGCGGCGGCGCAGGCCGCCGAAUCUUCCUCUCCCCUCUCCCGUCCCUCCCCGGAGACGACGGAGCCGUCCUCCGCGACGUCGCGAACGACGUGGCGGUCGAUUACAACGGCAACGCUUACGUCACGAACUCGGCGAAGAACUUCAUCUGGAGAGUCGACAGCGACGGCGCGGCGACGAUCUUCUCGAGAUCGCUGGCGUUCAACUCCCAGCCGGUGGCCCCCGACGCGGACGCGAGUUUCCGCGAUUCCGGUUUGAACGGGAUCGUGUACAACAGCAAGGGGUACCUCCUGGUGGUGCAGAGCAACACGGGGAAGAUGUUCAAGGUGGACGAGGAGACCGGGACGGCGAGGAUGGUGCUGCUGAACGGAGACAUGGUGGCGGCCGACGGUGUGGCGAGGAGGAGGAGAGACGGGACGGUCGUGGUGGUGUCGCAGAAGAAGCUUUGGUAUGUCAAGAGCCAGGAUAGCUGGAGCGAGGGGGUUGUGUAUGACGAGGUGGAGCUCGACGUGGAGGGGUUCCCGACGGCGGUGACGGUGGCGGGGCAGGAUAGGGUGUAUGUGUUGUAUGGGAGAGUGAUGGAGGGUAUAAUGGGAAGUUAUAAGGAUGGGGAAGAGAGGGAGUGGUUUGGGAUUGAAGAGGUGUCUUCUGAGAAGGAGAGUGGGGAAGAUAAGGUUUGGGUUUAUGUUUUGAUCGGACUUGGUUUUGCUUACUUUUGUUUUUGGAGGUUUCAGAUGAAGAAGCUCAUCACUAACAUGGACAAGAAGACCACUUAAGCAUGUUUUGUUCCAAUUGAAAUACAAAUAAACAACCAUUCUCUACUCUACCACCUGCGGUGGCGGCGACGGCUGCUGAGACUCCAUCGGAAUCCCAAGAUCAUUCCUCUUGAGAACAGGAAGGGCGACGAAAGACUUGGUCUUGCUGAUGGGCCUGCUCUUUUCAAGCCUCACAACGUCGCCCACCUUGAACACGUUAUCCGGGUCAUGCGCCUGGUACUUCUUCUUCAUCCUCACGCGCCUCUUGUACUUGGGGUGCGGAGCCAGCCUCACCACUUCCACCGCCACAGUCUUGUCGUUCGUUGCGCACACCACGCGUCCUUGCAUCGUCUUCAUGGCUUUUAUCGCCGGGACUAGACCAGGCUUCCUGGUGUUCGGAAAGGAAACGGGUUUGGAGAGAGAAGAGAGGGGAGUGGAGCCAUGGGUGAAUGGGGAGGAAGAGAUCUUCAGAGACUGCAGAGAUGAGGCUAGCGACGCCAUUGAUUUGGG